AUGGAAACCCCUUUGAAACCAGAAAGAUUUGAUGUUGACCCUGCAUGUGUUGGAGCAGAAUCUAAAUGGAAACACUGGAAAAGAACUUUUUCAAAUUUUCUCACACAAGUGAAGGAGGCAACUGAAGAAAGAAAACUACAACUAUUCAUUUAUAUUACUGAAAGAAGUGAAAUAUUUGCUCGGCAUUGUUUAGCAUCUAGAUUUCAACAGACGGGUGAAUCUGUAAAUGAAUAUUUACAAAUAUUAAAACAGUUGAGCAAGGAUUGUGAAUUUGAGUCUGUUACUGCAGAAGAAUAUAAAAAUGAGUAUAUUAAUGAUGCAUUCAUCCAAGAAAAAGUUUAUGAUCAAGCACCGGUAACUGCUGUUGAACAGUGUGAGAACACAAAUGAUGAUAGUGAACAAUUGUCAGUAGUUGCUCCUAUUCAAUCCAGAAAAUGUUUCUUUUGUGGAAGAGACCUUCAUUUACGAAGUUUUUGUCCAGCUAGGGAUGCAAUAUGUCGAGGAUGUGGUAAAAAGGGCCAUUACCAAAAGGUAUGCAAAUCCAAACUUGUAAGCAGUACUACUAAUUCCACAGCGGCAGUUUAUACACUAGCAUCAGCUUCAAUGCUUCACUGUCUUGAAAGGUCAAUAACUAAAAUCCUAGUAAAUGGAGUUCAGCUGAAUGCCCUAAUUGAUACCGGUAGUUCACUAAGUUUUAUAAAUCAGUGUUUUGUAAACAGAUGCCGAAUUCAAGUAAAACCAUAUUUUGGUAGGAUAACCAUGGCUAACCCUUCUAUAAGCUCAGAUGUUACGGGCUGUUCUUUAGUUAAUAUCAAAUUGCAAACCCAUGUGUACAUUAAUGUAGAGGUAUUAAUUAUGAAAAACCUCUGUGCAGACUUUCUUAUCGGGCAUGAUUUAUUAAAAGAUCAUUCUUCUGUUGAGUUAGAAUUUAAAGGUGACAGACCACCUCUCAAGAAUUUAUUCAUUAGCAACUGCUCUUGUAGCCCCUGUGUCAUUGUUCUCUAA